AUGUCUAAUCAAGACAUUCAUCCAAAUAAAUUUAGUGAACUUCGAAGUAUCUACAAAUACUAUAUAGAUUCAUACAAUGCAUUGUAUCAGCUGAAAACUGACAAAGAGGAAGAAUUAAUCUCAAUUUACAAAAUGAUCAAAACAGAAUUGAUUGAUUCAAAGAAACAUCUCCCUAAAUUUAUUAUAAAAGACAUUUUAAAUAUUAUUACGUAUAAUAAUCGCUAUGCAAAGUCAUAUUUAUUUCUUGCCAAACUGAAAGAGGUCCCUAAUACUAAACGUAUUUCAAAAUUCCUGUUUUACAAAGAAUAUGGAAUUAAGUUAGACAAUUAUGAAGAUUUCGAAGAAAUUAAAUAUGUAAAUAUCGACAUUCAUUCCGAAAAUACAAUUUACAGAGCAAUUAUGAAUGAUGACAAAGAUAGAUUCAUUUUCUUCAUCGAAAGUGAUGGAUUUGAUGUAAAUCAAGCGCUUAAAAGCAAUUUAUAUCCAGAUUCUAAAAAGGAGGAUAUUCAUUGCUUGAAUUAUGUUGUUAUCACGGUGCAGUUAAUUGUUUCAAGUUUUUAA